CAACGGUGAGAAAGGUGUAUCAUGUUAACUCGCCGGAACAUGUUACCGCUUCUUCCCUCUUUAACCCUAAGCUGCGACUGGCCUCUCUUGCUUAAAACCCCUACUCCGCCUGGCAUUCGGUUUCGUACUUUCGUUAUCUCUUCUAGGAGGCGUCGGCGGAGGCGGAGGCUUCGGCGGGCGGCGGCGGCGGCAAUGGCCUUCUCCAUCCCUCUCCGGCGAGCGUUGUCUGCUGUGUUCCCUCGUGCUAUCCGGUUUCUUGGAAGAAGCUACUAUGGCGGUCACCAUUCCGCCCUCCUCCGUCCCAUGUACCUCGAGGGGAUCGUUUGUCGGUCAACCAUAGGAGAACGAACCCCUCUCUCUUUCCCUUCUCUCGCUCUCUUCUCUUCGGCGACCAAGAAGCCGGCGUCCGACGCCAAUCUCCUCCGUAUCAUCGACGAUGAGAUCAAGUACGCCGAAGACUCUGACGACCACGGCCGGGUAGAGGAAAUACCUGAAGGGUUUCCUUUCGAGAUUCAAAAUGAGAAAGAAAUGAAUGUGAUCACUCUUAAGAGAAGCUAUCAGGGUGAGAAGAUUGAAGUUGUGGUUUCUAUGCCCAGCCUUGUCACUGGAGAGGAACCAAAUAAUGAUAUGGAGGAUGACCAUGAUGAGGAUGAAGGUGGUGGCCGUGGUGAGAAGCCUAGCCAAUCAAGCAUCCCGUUGACUGUUAAUGUCUCCAAAGGAGAUGGCCCCAGUCUGGAGUUCUGCUGUACUGCUUACCCAGAUGAAGUUACGAUUGAUAGCAUGUCAGUGAGCGAAAAUAAAGAAUCUGAUGAGGAGAUGAUUGCCUAUGAAGGCCCUGAUUUCAAUGACCUGGAUGAGAACCUUCAGAAAGCCUUUCACAAGUACUUGGAGAUAAGAGGCAUUUCGCCGAUGACCACCAACUUCUUGCACGAGUACAUGAUAAACAAGGAUUCCCGUGAGUACUUGCAUUGGCUGAGGAAUUUUAAGCAGUUUGUUCAGAAGUGAAAAUCUGGAAAAUUUUGCCAUCAAGGUAGCAGCUUGAAGAUUAUAUUACACCCUUCACAAAAACGUCCGUUCUGGAAGAAUAUGACCUAGGAGGAGCACAAUCAGCUGAUUACUAAAAUUUUUGACAUCCAAGCUGGUAUUUGGAAUUUUAAGGUGGCAGCUCGUAGCGUGCAGAUGGUCCGCAAAGAUCUUUCGGCCGGAGGAUCCCUGCAUACUUGUCCACAUAAGAAACUGUUCUUAUGGCACAAAAGAAAUUGUGGAUGCCUUAGCUAAUAAAUUGACACUGAUAAUAUUCUAUCUAAAUUCUAAGGAUGCAGCUCAUACUAUCAAUUCAGUUCCACAAUGUUCAUGCAUACUUGCUAAGAGGAUUAUCAGUUGCUGCGGUGAAGCAUAAUCUGAAAGAAC